AUGUGGCCCGUCUUGGGAUCCCCAUCCAGGAAGACGGAAACGACCAGAGCAUCUGAGUUUCCUGGUAAUGGCCUUCACACUUCGCUGCCAAGUCAUUGUUUGACCGCCUCUGGCUCUCUUCCACCCUUCACGUGGUUGUGCGAAAAGGGCCCUUCGAGGAAGUCGGUCGACUGGCAUAUGCAGCACGUGGCCAAGCCAGCGCAACCGAUGCACUGUGAUCAGUUCAUCUAUAGAGGUGAGUCUUCAUCAACUACUUGUUCGCAAGGCCGCUCCAAAAGUCCCUCAACCUCAAUGGCCAGGCUGGUCAUCAGCUCGUUCCGGAUUUUCUCUACCCCUCCAGUUGAUGUAGCCACGCGUAACAGCGCGACAUCUUUGAGGAAGGUGAUAGAGGAGAGUGUGUCUCUGACUGACUGUAGUGUCACAGAUAAGGUCAAUGCACGAAUCCGCAAGGCUCGGGUCGCGUCUGCUAAUUUGAGACACCUAUGGGGUCAAAGUAGUGCAUCCUGCGGGCUGUUUUGCUGUAUGGCUGUGAGAAUCGGCCCUCAUCGAGCAGCGGAACUAAGACGUCUUCAGGUGUUCGGCAAUCGUUAUCUCGGAAAUAUAACUCGCGUUGGUUGCUGUCAGCGAAUCCGUAACGAAGCAGUUAGAAAGCGAGUUUUCGGUUGUGCAACGGGUACUUCAUUGAAGAAUGUGUCUAGUACCAGAAGCUGCGUUGGUUGGGACAUGUUUUACGCAUGCCAAACCAUCGUUUGCCGAAGGGAGUACUGUUUUCCAUGCCCAACCCAGACUGGCGAUGGGGAUCGCUUGAUCUUUACUGCACCUGCUUGGAGACGCUGCCAAAUAUGGCUUCCAACCGCUGUCAGUGACGAUCUUGUGGUCAGUUUCUCUCCAGAGAAACCGGCCACUAGAAGAAAGACGACAGGAGUUCUUAUCAUUCUUAUCAUUCGUUCUUAUCAUUCUGAUAUGGAGUGCAAGCUGUCAGAA